AUGUGCCGCCGAUGUUGCAUCUCCAAAACAGAAGAUUGCAGCUACGACAAAUUGCUGCUUAGAUGGAAGAAGCGGCCUGCGAAAACCGUGCCCGAAUGUCCACCACAGCUGUCCAUAGAGCGUACCCUCAACAGCACCCACCUGGCAGUCAAUGAGCGAAGAGCUGUAGAAUAUUUCAAGGCACGGUUAUGGCCACUAUUCUCAACUCUCCACAAGCCAGUUCCCCCGCCAGUCGCGCUUGCCAUGCGCUCGCAACCGGUUCUCCAGGCCUUAUGUGUAUUUGCCGAGGAACACCGGGCCCUACAAGAGCGAGGAUCUUCAAAACAGACCAUGGAUAGGAGACGCCUUCAUUGCUUGUCAACCAUCCGCGGUCAGCUUAGUAGCGAGCAUUGCGAGAACGCCUCGCUCUCUGCACUCCUAGUCGCAGUGCUGCUGUUGUACUUCCUCGAAGGCUACGUCAAUUGCAUGUCGGGUGAUGCUUCGACCCGCUGCCACCUCGCCGGAGCGAUUGCAAUUAUAAACGCCAUGGGUGGUUUUCAAUCAGCGUGGUCGAUAUCAGACAGGAUCACCAGAAUGUUGCUCUCGGAACUAGCGUCUACUGAUCUGACCGAUGCCCUCCUUCAAGAUAGAGAACCCUCGUUCCCACCCACCAUUUGGGAGCACAUGGAGCCUGGAUCGGUGUGGUGGGAAUCUAUUCCUGGUACUAAGUCGCUUGGGUCCGUCCUGUCAACUUUGUCUGAGAUGAGUAUCUACCACCACAGGCUUCAAAAUGGUAUAGAGAUUUGUGUUGAUAAGGUGCAAGCGUUUGAGCGCGCGCUUCAACCUACAUACUCUAUGCUGGCAUCUCCUCAUAGAGAUGCGGAACAAGACCUUUUCCACCCGGUCGCAACAGCAUCGCUAUCCCUUGUCCGGUGUUUUCAGCACGCUGGUCUAAUAUACCUUUACAGCGCUAUACAAAACAUCCCAGUCAACCAUUUUCUCCUCCAGCAACAUGUCCAUGCGUGCUUAGAGUGCAUACAAGGCAUGGAUACAAGAUCUAGAGCGCAGAACUGUACUCUUUUCCCACUGUAUGUAGCUGGCGCACAUUCACUUUUGGAAGCACACCGGAACUGUGUCGUGAGCACGCUUGAAACCAUACACAAAAACCUGCGAUUCGAGUCUGUCUUGUCUGUCCGAGAAACUUUACUGGUACUGUGGGAGCCCUCUCGUAGUCCUACCACGUGGAGCGGAAGUUUCAAAAACAGUGCUAUAUGCACACUAGUCAUUUGA